ACUGUUUGUCUUACACAGCACUAGAAGUCUUAUCAAAAAGGUGUUAUGGGAAACAGAGAUGCAAAAUUAUUGUCACUAGCCGGGAGUUUGGAAGUCCGUGCCUACCUGGAGUGACAAAAUAUCUUAAUGUCAGCUAUGCAUGUGUUCCUAAAUUUAUCCUCACGGCUUUCAACCCCCUGGUCACCAAUAGCAACUCUUCUGUCAAACAGAAUGACGGUGUCGACCUUGAUCCAAAGGAAUCAAGACUUCCAAAGAAAGAUAGCAUUUUCAUUAGCAACUCCUUGGCCACAUUUGCGUACCUUAGAGAUCAUGCUGAAAGAGCUGCUCUCCUGUUUGUGUCCGGAAUUUGUGUGGGAUUAAUCUUCACGCUGUGUGCUUUGGUCAUCUGCAUGUCGUGCUCGAGCGACUUCCAGAAAUUGCACAGAAAGAAGGAUCGCUUGGUGCCAGAAAGUGACAGAGCGUAUGAGAAUGGUGAAAAUGAGGAGGAAGAGGAGGAUUCCUCUGAUUCGGAUGUCCAGGAUGAGAUAGCGGGACUCUACAGACCUUCUUACUCAGGUUAUAGUUCAGCAGAGGCAGCAGAACUGGCUGAAAGGAUAGAGCGCAGGGAGCAGAUCAUGCAAGAAAUUUGGAUGAACAGUGGUUUGGAUAUGACACCUCCUAGAAAUAUGAAUACAUUUUAUAUUAACGAGCAAUAA